AUGGCGCGAGGUAGCAGUGCAGGUUUUGACAGGCAUAUUACUAUUUUUUCGCCUGAAGGGCGAUUAUAUCAAGUAGAGUAUGCUUUUAAAGCUAUCAAUCAAGGUGGACUUACUUCAGUCGCGGUAAAGGGUGUUGAUACCGCUGUAUUUGCUACCCAAAGAAAAGUCCCCGAUAAAUUACUAGAUCCAUCCAGUAUUACUCAUAUAUUCCAACUUACUGAGCACAUUGGUUGUGUUAUGACUGGAAUGAUCGCUGACAGCAAAUCACAAGUCCAGCGUGCACGUUACGAAGCUGCUAAUUUCAAGUACAAAUUUGGCUACGAAAUACCAGUAGACACUUUAUGUCGUCGUGUUGCUGACAUUGGCCAAGUUUAUACGCAGAAUGCUGAGAUGCGACCACUUGGUUGCUCGAUGAUGCUGAUUGCCUAUGACAAAGAAAAGGGACCUUGUAUUUACAAAGCAGAUCCAGCUGGUUACUUCUGUGGUUACCGUGCGAUCUCUGUUGGUGCUCGACAGACAGAAGCAAACUCGUACUUGGAGAAAAAACUUAAAAAGAAACAAAACUAUAAUCAUGAUGAAACUAUUCAAUUGGCAAUAACUUGUUUAUCUACUGUUUUGUCUGUUGACUUUAAACCGUCAGAAAUAGAAGUAGGUGUUGUAUCGAAAGACAACCCUAAAUUCAGAGUCCUUACGGAACAAGAAAUAGAUAAACACCUCACUGCCAUCGCUGAGAAAGAUUAA